AUGAAUGGACCAUCUUGGCGAGUUCCAUUAGGACGACGAGACGGAAGAGUGUCUAGAUCAUCAGAGGCCUUGGCAAAUUUACCCCCUCCUUCUGCCAACAUCACUCAACUCAAAGCAUCAUUUCGCUCGAAGGGUUUAAGUGAUAGAGAGCUAGCAAUCUUAUCAGGAGGGCAUACCAUCGGUAUUUCUCACUGCUCUAGCAUCUCAAAUCGGCUGUACAACUUUACGGGCCAAGGUGACACAGACCCUUCAUUGGAUCCCAACUACGUUGUACACUUGAAGAGGAAAUGUAGCCCCACAGACACAACUUCCAUCAUCGAAAUGGAUCCUGGAAGUGCCAGAACAUUCGACACCAGUUACUACACACUUGUAAGGAAAAGAAGAGGAUUAUUUGAGGCCGAUGCAGCACUUCUGAAUGACAAUGCAACACGAAAUUACGUUCUACGGCAGGGAAAUUCAGGUGGAUCAAACUUCUUUAAUGAUUUCGCUGCUUCAAUGGUGAAGAUGGGAAGAAUUGGAGUGAUUACAGGCAAUAGAGGUGAAAUCAGGAGGAUAUGUUCAGCCAUUAAUUAAUAUAACUCUUUUCAAUUAAUUCAUUAUUAUUAAUUAUUAUUUAUUAUAUGUUCUUUAUUUGGUUGAUUGAGUGCGGUUUAAAUAAAUUAUGGCCAUUGUGAAUGUAAUAAAUGAUUUAUUUAUCCUCUGUUCACAUUAUUAGUAGCUACCUUGAAGUUUCAUGUUGGAAAUUAUUGUUGUGUGCAAGCAGUUCAAUUAUGCAACUGCAAUAUGAGAAAUGUUAUUGUUCCUUUUCUUCCUCUA